CCUUGCCCCAUGCUCUCGUCUCUCCGGCCGGCAGCUGGCAGCGCAGCACCCGGUGCCUGCGGAUGCAGCAGCGCCAGGCGGUCCUGGGCGCCCGCCUGCUCCAGGCCGUGCCCCACUUCGGCACUGCCCUGCUCCAUAUCUCCAGGCUGCUGCAGGAGCUGCGGUCCGUGCAUUGGCUGCCCCAGGACAAUACCCGCAGCUUCAGCUUCCCGGAGCUGCAGCGGGCCCUGGUCCGGGAGAAGAGCCGUGCGCGUGGCCUCCUGGCCCGCUUCCUUACCCUCUACACCACCAUCCUGGAGCUGGUGCGCAAUGACACGUACAGGAUGGCGCGGGGGCUGCAGAGGGGGACGCAGGUGUGCGGGCACCCCCAGGCUGGGGGGUCCGUGCACCAGCAGCGCCUGCAGAGUGAGGGGAUGCAGCGGUGGCACCGGGAGGCCGAGCGCUGGCUGGGGCAACUGGGCAGCCUGGCCCGGCUCGUCAACCUGCUCGUGGCCCAGAGCCUGGUCUCCAUGGUGCAAGACCAGGUCGCUGCUUUCGUCGGCCACGUCAUGCAGGCCGACGGUGCCAGGUGCGAAGCCGUGCUGCGGGUGCAGCUGGUCUUCGAUGCCAACAACCAGCUGGCACCCUUCCCCUCGCGCCAGGCGCUGGAGGACAGCCUACUGGGUGCGCUGGAUGCUGUGCUGGAGUCCGUGCUGGAGGUGUGCCAGACCAGAAAGGAGCGGCUGGGGUCGCUGCCCGAGUCGAGUGCCUCGGAGGCCGGGACGGCACCAGGCCUGGACCCGCUGACCGGUGCGUGCCCUCGCCCUGCUGCAGCCCCAGGGCCGAGCGGGGUCCUCCCCUGCCCCGGUCCUGUCCCUGCCCCCAGCUGCAGCAGAGGGGCCACCCUGGUCCCUGCUGCGGGGGGCUCACACUGCCCCCCAUGCACAGCGCUCUGGGAGGCGGGGAAGGGCAGCAUGGGGACCCCCGUGGAGCUGCUGCCCGAUCUGUGGGAUGAGGUGCUGGGCACACAAGAGCAAGCCCUGAGGCAGCCCCUCGCGGGCCUGGAGGUGACGGGGUGCCGGGUGCACGGACACUACCCGGAGCCAGUGUGGGAACAUCUGGAGCGGGACCUGCGCACCAAUAGCCGCAUCCAGGGGGCCCGCGCCACCCAGCAGAGCCAGCUGGCGGCGGCGCUGGACGAGACGCGGGAGCUGUGCCGGGAGCACGCGGGGGUGGCCGAGGUGCACACCUUCGUGCAGGGCUGGAGCCCCACGGCUGUGGAGGUCAUGCGGGGCCAGCCGCCCAGCACCUACGCUGAGCACGUGGCCCAGCACCGCGCCUGGGCCCAGCGCCUGCAGGACCUGGGGCCCGCCGUCGUCACCCGCAACCGCCUCUUCCUGGUGGACUGCAGCAGCCUGCAACAGGAGACCGCACCCCUGCUGGCCUCCAUCACCAACGAGCUCCAGGCGCUGGCGCUGCACGAGGCAUCGCUGCGCAGCAAGGUCCUCAUCGCCGAGCUGAGCACCGUGCUGAAGCUCUACCGCAGCGUCGGCUCCGACAUCCUCACCGUCGCCAAGUGCUCCCACAAGCUGCAGCAAUACCAGGGCCAGAUGGGCGAGCUGCAGGAGCGCAUGGAGUACGUGCGCAGCCUCAACGACGUGAUCCGGCACUGCUUCCGCCCGCUCGCCCCGGACGAGGAGAACCAGGAGAACGCGCUCCUGGACACGUGGGAGGCCUUCGUCUUCCAGCAGCAGGAGGCCUCGGACUUCAUCACCUUGCGGCGCCUCAGCAUCGUGGACGAGCUGGAGGAGUCGCGGCAGCGGGCGCGCCAGGAGCGGCACGCCCUGCUGGCCGCGGCCACCACGGGCCGGUUCCGGGACCCCGCGUCUAACGCCCAUGCCGCCGAGCAGGACCUGCGCGCCCUGCUCCUGCGCUUCCAGGCCACGGCCGCCCGCCUGGACGAGCUCUGCCACUCCCAGAAGACCCUCACAGGCACGGCCGUCCCUGCCCCGCCGGGUCCGGGGCCCCCAGCCCUGCACCACCCCGCAGACCCUGGGCUGUGCAUCCCGGCUACAGCCACCCCCAGGCUCCCAGGGGCUGCCCCGGCACAGGGCAGGGCUCCCAAAUGAGUGUCUGCCUGCCUGCCCGCCCCCGC